UUUGUGGCAAUCUAUUCCUCGUCGGUGAGGUUAAGCCCACCCACUCAAAUUGACAAUUUUUCACAUAUAAUGAUUUUCUGCACGGGGUCUUGAGGCUCAAGUGACGUCCUCACAUCAGGGUAUAAAAACAAGGGUCACACAACAAUCCGUGUACUACUUUGCCUAUUUCCUUGUGUGUUUCAGUAUCCUACACUGAAACUACAGUUAGCGGCCAUCAUGGAGUGUCGACAUGCUCCAGAGGUGAACGGAGGAGUUGACAGGAAUCUGACCGUGUGCAAACAUUAUAGUUUGUGCAAAGAAAAGAAGGAGACCAAGGACAAUGUAGAAGCAAAAGAGGUGUCUAAGGUAGAGACGGCUUACAGCAGCAUACUGAGUGAGCUUGGAGAGGAUGUGGACCGGGAGGGACUUCUACGUACACCACUGCGUGCAGCCAAAGCCAUGCAGUUCCUCACCAAAGGCUACAAGGAAACAACUCAGGAUGUGUUGAAUGAUGCGAUCUUUGACGAAAACCACGAAGAGAUUGUGAUCGUCAAGGAUAUCGAGUUGUUCUCGCUUUGUGAACAUCACCUGGUGCCCUUUUUUGGCAAGGCUCACAUCGCGUACCUCCCAAACAAGAAAGUGGUGGGCCUUAGUAAGCUUGCUAGAAUUGUUGAGAUCUACAGCAGGCGGCUUCAAGUUCAGGAGCGUCUAACCAAACAGAUUGCUUCUGCCAUCUCUGAGGCGUUGGAGCCUGCUGGAGUAGCCGUGGUGAUUGAGGCUGCCCACAUGUGCAUGGUGAUGAGAGGCGUGCAGAAGAUAAACGCCAGCACUGUUACAAGUGUCAUGCUGGGAAAAUUCCAUGACGAUCCGACAACCAGGAAGGAGUUCCUUAACCUCACAAUGAGGAAGUGAACGAUGCUUCAUCAGUGGAUAAAAGUUCAGAUGGGGCCUGAGGAUGAAGUCUAAAGUGCUGCUCCACCUCUAUUCUUAUUCAGAACACACAGUAUUCAAACUAGUUGUCAAAUACAGUUACACAUUUAGAUAAAUGGUGCAGUUAUGAUACCUCACAUCUCUGCCAGUUUUACUUUGAGUGAAUUGGUCUUUCGAAGCGUUAAGGGCGACCCUGCUCAAAUUAAUAUUUGUGUAUUUACUUAUCCUGUUUGACUGUCACAUAUAAACAGCGCUGUCACAAUCAUGAAUUUUAUUUGACGAUAAACUAUCAGAAAAAAAUUAAUGAUUUAAUUGUCUGCGAUUAAUUUAAGCCCCACAGCGGUGCUGUUGGGAAAAAAUAUUCUAUAUAUAUAUAUUCUUUUGGUAUCAAUUUUUUUGCAAUAUUCAUAUUUGUUUACAACUUCCAGAGCACUUGACUAGCAUAAAGAUAUUAUAUGUUAUUCUUUAUCUGUCCACCUGUACUGUUAUUGUCCUUGUUAUUUCUUUUUCUGUGUUAGUUUAUUGUAAGAGGAGCACAAAUGGAGUGAAAUCCAUGGUAUGUGAAAGCCUAUUUGGCCAAAUAAAGCCCAUUCUGAAUCUCUG